UCAACCGGGUUACGCUAGUGGGUCAAUUUCUCUCAUUUUCGACUCACUGGCGCACUCCAAAAAACACUCCUAAAAAUCUUCUUAGUAUUUAAAAAAACACCCCAACAACACAAACCUCCACAAAAACACCAUGAAAUGCUUAAGCAAAUUUGGCAUCAUACUCACUUUAGUAUUGUCCUUUCUCCUUUUAGCUCUUCUAGCCGAACUCCUUUACCUCUUAUGGCGUCGCCGACAACAAUUCCGCCACAAAAUCAGUCGAAUUAAACCCACAACCACCACUACGACACCAACAAUUGUUCCCAAUUCUCACUCUCAAAUCUUCAAAUUGGAGGGAAUUUAUGAACUUCCUUCAAGGGUUUUAUUCACCAUUAAAGAAGAAGAAAAAGAAGGUAUUGAAAUUGAUGAAAUUACUUCUGUUUUAGCGGAAAAUAAAAAAUCAAUCGUUGGUGAUAAUUAUGAACAUCUUGGUGACUCGUCCGAGGUUAUUAUUAUGGUGAGUGACUCCGAUUUCGGCGUCGAACCGCCUUUUUUAACUCCUUGUACAUCUCCUCCUUUCUUUACUCCGGCAGCCUCUCCGACGAGAGAACAUAGUUAGACCAGUUAGAUAUUAUUAACGAUCACCGAUAAUGUGUAAAAUAGUCGUUAAUUAGUAUGUUUAUUCGUGUACCCGGUGAGAAUCAAAUUUAUGUUAUAAAGAUUAAAAGGAUCAAUUCAUAAUCCUCGAAUUUUCAUUACUUUU